AUGGCUGUGAGGCGGUCGCUGGCUGCUUGCUCUUCAGGACUCCGGAAGGACGAAGACGCUGUGCCUGUUCAGGAAAGAGCACACUGCCGACAUGACCCGCGCUGGCAGCUGCCGGUGUCGCCGCGCCUCUGCCUGGCCUGCAUGCUGGAGCUGCUGCCGGAGCCCGCGGUGUCGCUGGUGCGCAAGAAGCAUAUGGUGUCCUGCUUCCAAGAUGUCCUUUUGAGGCAUGCCUCCCUGGUCACACAGCUGGUGGCUCAGGAUGAGAGAGUCUGCAUCCACUUCGUAAAUGUGCUUUUUGGACUGUUAUGCAAUGUGGAAGAUGGGAGCGGCUCAGAUCUCUGUAUUGAAGUCCUUGUCCAGCUUACCAUGCAGCUGAAGCUGGAGCAGAUCAUCCACUGCCUGCUGGACGAAUGCCACAAACAGCUGUGUAACAUGCCCUCCAUGCAAGGCAGCCUGGCUAUCCUGACCCUUCUUGGCAAGUUGGUGGAUGCCAUCCCUGUCCUGGCUGAUGAGCUCGUGAAGGAGCAUGGUUUGCUGAGGCAUCUGCUGAAGUAUGAUCUCUUUGUGUCUGUGAUCAUGAACAAGUUUAUGCUGGCAGGAAACGUUGAGAGUGUCGAGGGGUCAUCAGGAGACAUCUCACUGCCUUUGGUGCUCAAAAAGUUUCUUCUCUCUAGAGAUGAGUGCUUGCAGGUGGCCAGUACCCACUGUAUAACUUCAGUGCUGGUCCACUCCCCAGGGAAGCAUGCCUCGGCUUUCAUCCAUGCUGACAUCCCAGAGUUCGUCUUUGAGCAUCUUUCCUCUUCCAGUGAAGUGCUCGUCUGGUCUAGCUACAACUGCUUGAUACUCCUGGUGGAAGAACCUCUCUUCUUUUCCAAGUGCCACACUGUAUAUGGAAUCGAGGCAGUGGUGAGGAGCCUUGAGGGAAGCCUGAAGAUGACCAACACAGAGCUGCACAAGCAGGGUCUGCUCCUCUUUGCUGAGAUCCUGACCCGGCAGCCAGAGGAGAUUCGCUUGUUCACAAGCUCAGCCAUGUGCAGAGAUGCUGCCCGCGCCCUCCAGGAGGCAGUGAGCAGCCCUGUGCUGGAGGUAGCCGCUGAGGCAGUGAAGGCUACAGCUGCUUUUCUGAGGAAGGACCAUCAGAGUGCCCCACCUGUGCAGUACACAGCACUGCGGGCCUUGCUGGAAGCCAUGCUGAGCCGGUGUGUGGAGCUUUCACAGACUCCGCUGAGCAUGAGAACCCUGGGCCAUGCAGGCAGUAGGGAGUCAGAGAAGGCGAAUCUUCGAAGGGGAAAGUUCCUCCUGAGCACUCUGGAAGGGUUUAGAAAUGCCUGCAGGUUGGCUGUAGAAUUCCAGGGUGAGCCUUCAGCCCAGGAGAAUCCCUUCACAGCUCCCAGUGCCAAGAAGGAAGACACGUUGGAGGCCUUCUCAGAAUUUCUUCUUAGUGCCUGUGACUCCCUGUGUAUCCCCAUGGUGAUGAGGUACUUGGAGCAGACCACCCACCCAGGCUUGAUGGAAAUUUUCCUCUCAAUUCUGCACAGCCUCUUUGUCAUCGUCCCCCACAUGAAGGACAAGUUCUCCAAGAAGCUUGCUGCUUCAUCCUUCAUACGACUAACGCUGGAGCUCAAGGCCAGAUUCUGCAGUGGCCCAAGUCACUCAGCCCUAAACCAGGCGUGUUCCAGUUUUCUCUACUGCAUGUGCCUCAAUCUCCUCUCAGCUCCAGAGAAGACAAGACCGCCUUCCUCAGAAGAACUCUCUGCAGUAUCUGAGCUCCUGCAGCAGGGACUGCUCCAGAUAAGCAGCAGGGGACCUGAAAGCCUCGCCUUCCUGUCUGAUUGCCAGUAUGUGGAGGGAGCUGCUCGCCAGAGACAGUACUGCAUCCUGCUCCUCUUCUACCUGGCCUACAUUCAUGAGGACAGGUUUGUCUCGGAGGCACAGUUAUUUGUGGCUGUGCAGCGCUUCCUCCUGUCGCUUCAGGACCAGGGCGAGCGCCCCCUCCCAGUGGUCUUAAGAGCCUCCAUCUAUCUGCUUGCAAUCUGCCAGGACAAGGGCAGUGCAUUGGAUGAGGCUGUGGUCAGUGCAAUCAGAAAAUUCCUAGAGGACAUCUCAGAUCUGCACCUGGUCUACACCCACCACCCUGUCCUGCUCAGUUUCUUCCUAUUGUAUCCAGAGCUGAUGAGUAGGUUUGGGCAUCGUGUCCUGGAACUUUGGUUCUCCUGGGAACAUAGCAGCUUUGAAGAACUGGAUGAUGUCUCUUCUGCUAGACAGUUCAGCCUUCCUGCCAGCUUUGCAGCCUUGUUCCAGAUACUCAGGAGCAGCCCCAGCAUCCUGCUUAUUUUGCUGGAUCUCAUCUAUUCCAGCCCAGUGGAUGUAUCCCGAAAGGUACUAGUCAUCCUGAGGAUGUUCUUGAGGAGAAAUGAAGAUAUUCCAGUGGGUGGUCUCAUCCAAGGCCACUUCCUGUUCAUCCUGCAGCACCUGCUGGGAGAGCAUGGGACCUCCCCCUCAGAAGCCUCAGGGAACCUGGCGCUGCUCCUGAGCCUCCUUUCCUUGGUGCAGCUGAGGAACAAAUCAGAGCAAGAACUGGACAGCAUGGCCAUGAAGCUCCUUCACCAAGUAAGCAAGCUGUGUGGGCAGUGCAGCCCUGUGGAUGUGGACAUCCUGCAGCCCUCCUUCAACUUCCUGUACUGGAGCCUUCAUCAAACUACACCCAACAGUCAGAAAAGAGCGGCUGCAGUGCUCCUGAGCAGCACAACCCUGAUAGAGCUUCUAGAGAAGACGCUGGUGCUCACCUGGGCAGAUGCAGCCUCUCCUGCCUGGACAGAGGGAGGCUCUCCCAAGAGCGCCCUGCUCUGCUCUGCCUGGCUGCUCACUGCCUCCCUGUCUGCGCAGCAGCACGAAGGUGGCCUGCAGGUUCACCAGACUCUGUCCAUGGAACUGGAUCAAGUGGUGAAGACCCUUAGCUUUCCAAGGAAAAGAGCUGCACUACUAUCAGCUUCCAUUUUAUGCUUCCUGCGGACAGCCCUGCGACAAUGCUUCUCCUCUGCCCUAGUGGCUCUGGUGCCCUCAGGAUCUAGCUCCACUAUCCUAGCUCCACUGGGAAUGUCACAAGUGCUGCACCUGGUCGUCGGGCUGCAGAACCUCUGGGUGCAGAAGGACCCUCUCUUGUCCCAGGCCUGCAUUGGCUGCUUGGAGGCCUUGCUCGACUUCCUGCAUGCUCGGAGCCCAGACAUCGCACUCCACGUGGCCUCCCAGCCCUGGCAUCGUUUUUUGCUGUCUACUCUCUUGGAUGCUGGAGACAAAGCCUUCCUCAGACCUGAGAUAUUGAGGCUCAUGACCCUGUUUUUGCAGUAUAGGAGCAGCAACAUCCUCUCCAAUGAAGAAGUGGGUCACCUUCUGCAGGACAUGGCCUUGACUGACCUGUCUGCCCUCCCGGACACCACACUCCAGGCGCUGCACAGCUUCUUUCAGCAGGUCCGGAGAGUGGGCCUCCUGGCUGAUCACAGUAUGGUCCCGACGCUGCAGGCCUCCUUGGAGGGCCUUUCCAGCCUCUCCUCAGCCCAGCCACGCCUGCAGGACAUGCUCUGCCUGGGAGGGGUGGCUGUAUCCCUGUCCCACAUCAGAAACUGA